AUGGCCGCCCCCGAGCCAAAUUACUCUUCACCAGAAUCAGCUGCUGCUACAGAUUCUGACCAUCCAGCCCGAGUACUCAGCUUGCGCCCGCGACCGCAAUGCUGGGACCAUGGCUGCAAUGGUCGUGAGUUCUCAACAUUCAGCAAUCUCCUCCGCCACCAACGAGAAAAGUCAGGAGUGGUGGCUAAGGCUGAAUGCCCAAUAUGCAGUGCGGUAUUUACACGUACGACCGCACGCAAUAUUCAUGUUGCGCAGGGUAAGUGUAAAAGCUCAGGCAGGGAAUCAUCCGCUGAGUAG